AUGGAUCCGUGGGAGGCCUUGGCGGUAGAUGACGAGGUUCUCAAAGAAUUUCUAGAAAGGUCGAACUCAGCCACAACUUUCAUCCCUGGACCAGUUGGAAACGCCCAGGCUGUUAUCCUUAACAGGCAGUUAGAUGAAGCACACAAUACACAAGAGUUUAUGAACAAAAUGGCUGCUGCGAGUCAUGCACGUGAUUUUUACUCAAAUGCUUGGAAGUGGGCAGAGCAGUUCAUCAAACACCAUGCUCUGGUUCAGAAUGGAGACAUUAAAAAUAUAACUCCAUUGUCGCAAAGGAAAUCAUUGGAAAGAAUGCCCUUUAUGGCUUGUGUAGUCAAAGAAUGUAAGCCAAACGGGCUUGGUGACAUGCUUAUCACUAUGAAGGACCAAUCUGAUAUCGCGAAAGCUAGCAUCCACAAUAAAGUGCUUAAGGAUGAUGAAUUUGGUUCAGAUGUUGUUGUUGGAUAUGUUCUGCUAUUGAAAGAAGUUGUCGUCUUCAAGCAUCCUCGACGGAUUCAAUACCUAAAUAUCACUCUAAGGAACAUUGUCAAGGUUUUCAAAUAUGACAUUAGCCCUCCAACUGAAGAAGAAGUAAAGGAUUCUUUGCCUGUAGUGCGACUUAACUAUGUUCCGAAAAAAACUGUCGAUCAAAAUAUGGAGACAAAUGUGCAAUCUGAUUUAAACGUAAAUCAAAACAUAAAUAUGGAUCAUAAUGUCGAGGCAAAUAUCGACACCAACAACCCACCACCUGUGUCGGCCAAUGUGGACGAAAUACUACAGAAGAUGGUUCCUCCCUCAACUCAAAGUCCUUCUUAUGAACUGGGGGAGACCUCUAAGGAUGAAUCAUCUGCCUUGGAUAAUAUUUCACUUAGUUAG